CCCCUGUCUACCUACUACUCGAUCGUGGCGUCGCGCCCUGUCCUCCCCGCAAGAGUUCCAUAACGUUUCAUCUUGUUUGAAUGUUCUUUUUCGAUCUGAACUGAUCUGAUUCUAUUUAUCUUUGUGUCUCGAGAGACAUUUCCCGAGGUCUCAUUCACUGUGUUCAACAUGGCACUCGGAGUGCUCAACGGGAAGGGUGAAUCACCGCCGGGGACGGUUGUGCUGUAUGAGCAGGAUUUGGAUAUUGCGUUUUCGGCUUUUAAGCAUGGGCAUGGGAAGGAUUCCAACAUCGUUCUCGCACCUCAACCGUCGAACAGUCCUAAUGAUCCGCUCAACUGGCCCCUCCACAAGAAAAAUCUCACCUACUUCACCGUCUUCCUAAACUCCAUCCUGCUCGCUUCCAUACCCGCACCGUCCAUCGCACCUGCGACGUUUCUGCUAGCGAAUAAUUUGGGGAGACCGCUGGAGGAUAUUGCGAAGUUGUCGGGGUAUCAGUUAUUGCUUUGUGGGUGUUUUGGACCCAUCGUCUCUGCACUUGCUCACAAAUAUGGCAAGAGACCUCAGUUCCUGCUCGCGUCGUUAAUGGGUGUCAUUGGGACGGUGAUCUGUAUUGCGAGUGGUCAAAACUACAAUGUUUUGUUAGCAGGGAGAAUUAUCCAGGGGUUUGGAUCGACGGCGUAUGAGAGUUUGUCAAUUGCUGUUAUUGGAGAUUUAUUCUUCGUCCACCAACGCUCUCUCCGCACCGGCCUCACCAUCCUAACCCUAACAUGCCUCGUCUCCCUCGUCGCCAUCAUCGGCGGUCCGAUCACCGAAAAUCUCGGCUGGCGAUACCUCUUCAUCAUUUACUUACCUUUUUCUGUUGUCGGAGCUAUAUCUGCAUUCUUCUUUCUGCCGGAGACGCAAUAUCGGCGGCAUGUUGAGACUGCUGAUGUUGUGCCUGAAGAAGGUUUGGUAGGGAAGGUAACGCAGGAAGAGGUUGUGAUGAAGGAAGAAUCUGCUUCGGGCAACAGAUCUGCGAAGCAGAAAAGGGAACAUAGCCAUGUUGGAUCAAGAAGGGACAAGAGGGGAGGGGGAUGCUCGAAGCAGCCGUCUACAGAGAAGAAGAAGACUUUUGUGCAGGAACUGGCGUUAUUUUCUGGUGUAUACACCGAAACGGGGCUAUUCAAGUUAUUCCUUGCGCCGUUUGCGACGCUAUUGAAUCCUUCUGUUCUUUGGUCGAUUUUGGUUGGAGGUGUUUGUAUCGCGUUCUACGUCUGUCUGUCGUAUAUCCUCGCGCAAAUCUUCUCGGUCCCUCCAUACAACCUCAACGCAGCACAGAACGGGUAUUUCUACGUCGGUGCCCUCAUCGGCGGUCUUCUCAGUGGCAUCCUCGGCUCCAUGCUCGGCGACCUCAUCACUACCAAACUAACGAAAUGGAACAACGGGAUUUACGAGCCAGAAUUUCGCAUCCCAGUGCUUAUUCUCUCAGCAUUGCUGUAUGGCAUAGGCUGGUUCGUGUUCAUGUGGAGGCUUGAUCAUCCGACACCGCAUGGAUAUUAUCUUGCUGCGUUUUGUCAUGGGUGUUUAUGUGCGGCUGUUACCAUUGGGAGUACAGCAACGAGUUUGUAUAUCCUAGAUUCCUUCCGCACCUCCGCGACAGAAAUAUUCAUCGUAUCCAUGACUGUCAAGAACCUCCUCUUCUACGGCUUCUCCAACUUCAUGAACGAUUGGACAGCUGAGGAUGGGCCUAGCCAUGUCUUGAAAACGUAUGGGAUUGUGACGAUGUGUAUCAUGGCGACCAGUAUAGUCUUCUAUGUGUUCGGCAAGAUUAUUCGGAGGUUUAUCGCCAGAGUUGGAAUUAUGGAGAAGUUGGCCAAGGCCUAUAUGUGAUAGGGUUGUUUCUUCUUCAUGGAAUGAAUGCGGCUUGGCGCAUUCACGGUAUGGCGUUGCUGGUCUUUGAACUCUGAACGGAAAAGAUGUUUUGAGACUAAUCGUUUUUGACCAAGUGUUUAGAAGAUCGCGAAUUUAUCUCUCAAAUUCUUCCUUGGUUUACUUAACUUCGAUCUGUCAAUUCCUCCUUUGUUUUGGAUCAGGGGCACCGUACAAGCGAGGGCGGAAGUAAACAAAGCUUUUGAAGGCAAGACGACGCGGUAAGAUUCCGGUCUUCAAUCUGAAUUUCAUAUAGCAUCACUGGAAUAUUCCAGCUGUGAGGUGGGCUGCUCUAUUCUUGCGAC